CUCCCACUCCGUUUCUUCAACCUCCAUUGAACCUUUACCCACUAAAAAAUGGAUCGAUUUUUUCUCCUCUCUCUCAUGAUCAUUGGAUUAGCCUCUGCGUCGUUUGUACGCGCCGCCGAGGACCCUUUGAUCCGGCAGGUUGUGUCGGAAGACGACGACGAUUCUCUGCUCAACGCCGAUCACCACUUCUCGUUGUUCAAGAGCAAGUACGGGAAGAGCUACGGUACGCAGGAGGAGCACGAUUACAGAUUCUCGGUGUUUAAGGCUAACUUGCGCCGCGCCAAGCGCCACCAGCUCCUGGACCCCUCCGCCGUCCACGGCGUCACGAAAUUCUCCGAUCUUACUCCCAAGGAGUUCCGCAGCACCUUCCAUGGGGUCCACAAGAGCCGCGCCAAGAAGCUCAGGCUCAGGCUCCCCGCCGACGCUAACAAAGCCCCGAUCCUCCCUACUGACAAUCUGCCCACCGAUUUCGACUGGCGCGACCAUGGCGCCGUCACCGGCGUAAAAAAUCAGGGUUCUUGCGGAUCGUGCUGGUCUUUUAGUACCACCGGAGCUUUGGAAGGGGCUCACUUUCUGGCUACCGGAGAGCUGGUUAGUCUCAGUGAACAGCAGCUCGUGGACUGCGAUCAUAUGUGUGACCCUGAGGAGCGUGAUGCAUGUGAUGCAGGGUGUAACGGAGGGCUUAUGACCACUGCAUAUGAGUAUGCACUUACUGCUGGCGGUCUUGAACGCGAAUCAGAUUAUCCUUACACUGGGAUUGAUGGAACUUGCAAAUUUGACAAAAACAAGAUUGUUGCGUCUGUUGCUAACUUCAGUGUAGUCUCUCUAGAUGAAGAUCAAAUCGCUGCUAAUCUUGUUAAGCACGGUCCCCUUUCAGUGGGAAUCAAUGCUGUUUUCAUGCAGACAUACAUAGGAGGAGUUUCGUGCCCGUACAUUUGCAGCAAGAAUUUGGAUCACGGAGUGCUGUUGGUCGGGUAUGGUGCAGCUGGAUACGCCCCGAUUAGGCUCAAGAACAAGCCUUACUGGAUCAUCAAGAAUUCGUGGGGAGAAAACUGGGGAGAGGAUGGAUAUUACAAGAUCUGCAGGGGGCAUGAUGUCUGUGGGGUGGAUUCCAUGGUCUCAACUGUCACUGCUGUCAAUACUGUUAAGCACUAGUAACAACAGGCCUGGUUAAGAUUUGUCUCACAAGGUUGUUUUUGUUGUCUGUAAAUAUCGAAAGGCAACCUGUGCUCAUUUAAACAUUCCAAACAACAUACUCCAAUUUGUCUUUCUGCAGACAAUGCUUAAUUAAACAUGUCUUUUGCUUUAAUAUGAUCUGUUUUCAUUCA